GAAUUCCUUAUCCCCAAGUACCCAGAUCCGCUGUCGCCAUUGCUACUUAGUUCCGAUCAGUAAAGUCGAUUUCAUAUACCCAUGGAAUUCCAAACCACAUACCUUGCCAUGUGGCUUUCUUCAGUUGUCCAGCACUAGAUUAACCCCAACUCUUUCAAUAUUUGACGAAAUAUGCCGAACUCAAUUUAUCGCCCUGCAUUCAAUCUUGUUACUGCUCAGGACGAAAAUGUCAGUAUUACCAAUCAAACCUUUGAUAUGGGAUUCAGCGAUUCCUUUUUUACUGCAAUUCUAUUUUCGUCUGCAUCACCAAUUUCCAUUCAGUAGUAGUUCAGUAAACAAACCGUGCUAGUGUGCUACCCAUUUACCCAAGGGCCAAUUGCCCAUGUCUCUACUCAAACUCUGUGCCCUGCCCUUACUCUGAAGGGCCAAUAUUUUUUCUUGCUUGACAUCAUAUAAAAUCACAAGCAGGCCUGAAAGUUUAAAACAAUUGCCCGUACCUUGGUUGAGACUUGAGAGAAGGAUAAAGAGAUGGAUGUGCGUGUGAUUGAGAUAAAUAAGAAAAGAGCGAUGGAGGGAAUGUGUGCACGCUCAGUGCUUGUGCUGCCAAUUCCAGACCAAGCUAUGACUGGCCAGGUGCAGGUCCGUGAAGCACAAAGGACAGCAGAAAAGGAAUCAGAUGUGGCAAUGGUAGCAGAGGAGCAGUUACCUGUUUUCCAGUUGAAUUGUACAGAAGGUAAUACUCUAUCAGAAAUACAGGGUCCUGAAGCUGCUGUGACAUCUGCUCAGGAUCCGGAGCAAGAUGGCGGGGACCAUGUAUCAAAUGAUGAAGAGAAUGAUGACUUUAAAGGGUGCCAAAAAGAUAGAACUGAAGCAGAAGUUGAUGGUGAUGAAGACUACUUUUUCCCAAGUGUAGAAGAUGUUGAAAAGGCUAGGCCCCCAGAGGUCGGCAUGGUUUUUCCCACGCUACAAGAUGCUCAUCGUUUUCUCAAUGUGUAUGGGCUACUUACUGGAUUCGUAGUCAAGAAAGGAUGCAAUUACAAACACAAGAAGAUAACAUUUGUGUGCAAUAAAAGUAGCAAGAUGAAAGUAACUGAAACAGGACAGAAGAAAAGGAGAAGCAAUGCUAUUGAGAAGACAGGAUGCCGCAUGAAGGUGCUUGUGAAACUUGUUGAAGGGAGAUGGGAGAUUAAAACAGUUGUCAAUGAACAUAACCAUCCACUUAUGAGCUCGCCUUCACUGUCCACGUUUUUUAUUAGCCACAAGUACAUGUCCGAGGAAGAGAGAAUCUUCUCAAGAAUAUUGCAAGAAAGCAAAAUUAAGCCGUCACAGAUAAUGGAAAUUUUCAAGAAACUAAGGAGCAGAUUAAAGCACAUACCUGUCAGGAAAAUGGAUGCCAACAGCUUGAAACAGUCCGACAGUCAGAUGGAGAUCAGGAAUACAGAUAUAGAGAUCACACUGGAACAUGUUAGAAGGUUUCAAAUGGAACAGCCUGGGUUCUUCUAUGCUAUAAAGACUGAUGAUCGCAACACUGUAAGAAGUAUAUUUUGGACAGAUGCACGAGCUAGACUUGAUUAUGCUUUAUAUGGAGAUUUCAUCUCGUUUGAUACGAGUUAUACCACUAGAGAACACAACAUGCUGUUUGCACCAUUAAUUGGAAUUAAUGGGCAUGGUAAGGCAAUCGUUUUCGGUUGGGGUUUGCUUGAAAAUGAGAUGGCAGAUAAGGCAGAUACAUUUUCUUGGUUACUCAGGACAUUCUUGGAUGUGAUGGAUGGCAAGAAACCAACUACAAUAAUCACAGAUCAGGGUUCAGCUAUGACAAAAUCAAUUGCCGAGGUAUUCCCUACUGUUUUUCAUAGGUUCAGCAUGUGGCAUGUUAUGAGGAAAGCUAGAGAAAUAUUUGAAGAUUUUAUGGAAAAUGGACCUGUAAUGGAAGCUGAUCUGACAUGUCUGAUUGCAAAUUGUUUAACUAUAGAAGAAUUUGAGGAUGGUUGGAAAACAAUGCUUGAGAAAUACGAUGCACCACCAAAUGAAGACUUAAAUCUCAUGUAUCAGACAAGAUUAAUGUGGGUGCCUGUUUACUUCAAGCAUGCCUUUUGUCCAUUUAUACGAUCCACUGGACGUAGCGAGAGCACAGAUACAAUCUUCAAGGAGCAUGGUCUGCGGAAGGAUGCCAUAGAAAACUUCUUCUGUCAGUAUGACAUCUUCCAGAAGAAUGUUAUUAGCCCUGAAGAUGGGUAUGGACUUGAGUCUACACAGAAAAAGACAAUGUACUGCACAAGGCAGCCAAUAGAGAGGCAUGCUGCAGAAGUUUACACAAUGGGAAUGUUCUUGAAAUUUCAGAAAGAGCUACUUGAUGCAUCAGCUUUCAAUGUUUUUGAAAUAGAAAGCGGCAGAGUUUAUGCAGUUAAGAAAACACUGGACUAUGAGGAGGCUGAAUUUCCCGGAGACUCCUUUUCUGUUGAAGUUGACCUGGGGAACAACAUGUUCAAUUGCAUAUGUUCGAAAUUCGAGCGAGACGGAAUGCUUUGUUGCCAUGUUCUGAGGCUACUCACGCAGUUUGGGGUUAACGUGAUACCUGAGAACUACAUUAGACAAAGAUGGACAAAGAAGUUCAGAGAGGAGUUACAAAAGCUUCACGGCACGGAAAAGACAAGGUCAACUGUUUCACAGAAUGCCUUGUGAUGUGCUCUGCUAAUGAACAGGAUGGUAGAAAUUUGCGCUACUGUAAGAAAUGAUGAGUAGUUUGUGUUAUCAAAAUCAGUUUUCGUUAGUUGGGUUGUUUUUGCUGGAAGUCAUUAGUUAGUUCAAGUAGUUUGAACUGGAUGGUUUCUUUUCUUUUUGUGGAUUGAAAUAUUUGUGUCUGGAUCCUUUUCGAUCCUCUUGUAACUAUGGUGGCAUUGCGAUCCCUUUGUACUAGGAAAGAAGUAUCAAUCAGAAAGUUGCAUUCUCAAUC